GGUUGCACAUAGAAAAUCUCCAAUUGCGCAACCGACGUCGAACGAACUCUUUGCGCCGGAAGGAGCUCCGACUUCCGCCGAGUUAUUUUGCGUCGCCCGGUCGUCCAGUCGAUCCAGACACCUGCCCGAUUUGCUCCGUCUCGUCUACCAAGUUUUUAAAAUGUCGGCUGGAGGUGGUGAAUCUGAGAAUGAAAAGACACCGGAGGCUUUGCCAACGACGAAAAAGAUCAAGAAGUGGCGCUGGAUAUGUGGCGCCUUCACCCUCGCCGUGUUGAUAGUCAGCGCCGUUUUCAUCUGGGUUUAUCACGACCGCCUGUUCAAGCGGGUACAAUCGUCCUCCAAGAAAAAGGCUCCCCUCAACGCUCUACCGACAGAUGUCACCAACCUCCGUAUUCUGUCCAAAAAUUCAAGCUCGGUGUCGGUGGCCUGGGACAAACCUACUGCGGUGUUCGAAGUCUACAAAGUGAUCUUCCACACGAGCGGGACCGGAAUUGGCACAUGCCUCAACGAAACCAUACUGAACCAUACUGAGACGCAGAUAACCUGUGAGGGCGUCGAAUCGUGCACCACUUUAAACGUUACAGUUUUCGCGCAGAAUUCGUCCUCGUCACCUGAAGUCUCAGCCGGAGUUACAUUGAGCAACAUCCAAGUGCCGGGGAAAGAUCCAGGACCUCCAAUGGACAUAAAACAUGACCCUGAAGACCCAAGAAAAACGAUGUUACACUGGACUGCUCCUCAACACGUGUGGGGAUCACUGGGUCCGUACAAGGUCACGGUGUGUGCGAACCCGGACUCGUGUCCGAGCUCGCGGCAAGUUGACUGCCACGAAAAUGAGACCAGUAACAUGAGUCUAGUCCUCAGCACAAAGCCGGUCACCGACUACUGCGUCGUCAUUCAUUCGACGGCUUCGUGCUCCAAACAAGUCCACAAGAGUCAAGCCGCAGUUAAGCACUUCAAGACACCCGCCUUCGCUCCGGGGAACUUCACAGUAACUGCUACGGCAACGAGCCCUUCAUCCAUUCGGCUGCACAUAGAUCCUCCCAAAGAAAAAAACGGCAACUUGGACGGUUGCUCCGCUCAGUGCUCAUCCUUUGGGAAGAAGUACGAUAUUAACUGCACUCCAGAUGACGUGGACAUAGAGGUGAAGGAUCUAAUUCCAAGUAGCCAAUACACCUGUCGUGUGACCUUCUACAACAACCACGAGGGACAGCGUCUCGAGACAACGGAAGAGGUUGGCGCCCUAACUCCAAACGGUGCCGAACAAAAGUCACGUGACCUAUGGCAGGCCCUCUUGGUGAUUUUCUUGUUAUAUUUAGUGGUUAGAAAAAGAAGACUUCGUGAUGCAACCAUCUAGUCUUCCAACACGCGGUGUCAAGUCAGAAUGCGACUACCCAUCAAGCUCUUCAAAUUGGUGCAAAUUAGUUUUCCGUACUGCUUGUCCGCUGUUCCACAUUGCAUUUUUAUACGAACGACCCUAUCGGUACGCAACUAACCGAAGAGACCCAGCAUGAGAUAAGACGGGCAUCUUUAGCCAGUUAACGAAAUACAAUACUGCACUCGUCAACAGUAUGAACAAACACUCUCCAGAACAAGAUAAUGCGUUUUAUACAAUCUGGUUAUUGUUUUCUUCCCCGGAUGCUAACAUUAUUGGAUCACUCUUCAAUUGAAAUUAGCAUUUAUGAAUGCUGCGUUUUAACAACACAGGGUUAACUAAGAGCAGACCCGGAUCGUAAAGCUAUAUAGAAACAAAUAACAUAUUCGAUAAAUUUUGGCUGAAGGCUGACUUGGGACCGAGCUCCAUGAACCUUUCUAGAGUUUGAGGAACGUUGACGUCACGCAGAGGUGAUAAACGACCGAGUGCAUGGGGUGCUUUUUGCUUUCUAGGCUCCAACAUUGGCCAAACAAUUAACCAAACGAUAUAUUUGCGACCUCUAGUUGCCUGGUAGGCGUUCGUUUUAAUAUAUGUGUUUGCAAUCUGCUUAAGAAGUUUCCUUUGUUUCCUUUUCAUAGAAUAAACUUCGAUGGCGACUCUGCCGUUGACCUGUCGUGUU